AUGUAUGAACGUAUAUAUAGUCUUCCGAACCCAGGCAUAUACCUUUCGUCGCUAUGGAGCUCUCGACCGCCGCUGCUGCUGCUGCUGCUGUUCGUUUUUCUCCCGAGAAUUCCAAACGCAGAGAUGUGUCAAGGCCACACAGCACCAGUACCUACGAAGCCCCCCUCAGUUCCUUCGCAGACUCGCUACGUUAACUUAUAUCUCCUGUCGGACUACUCACAUUGCAAAUUGUUUAAGGAUAUUGGAGAUCAGCGUCUUUACAUGAAGGUUCUGACGAAUGGAGUGAGAGCAACGUACAGCCGACUACCACACGAUCUGAGACCCGUUUUGAGGCUGGUUGGAAUCAGCUGCCUUAGUGAGUCUGAACAGAAAACGAUAUAUGAAACCAGCAUUGAUGGAGAUGGAAGGUUGGAUGGCUAUACUGCUCUGUGGGGUUUAAAAAGAUUUGCGUCACAAAACCGGUCGCAGUUUGAAAACGCUACGGUCACCGCUAUGCUAACUGCGUACUACUUCCAGGAUCAGUCUCGAACCGGUAACAUAUUUCAGUCACUAAUUCCCCUACUAAUAUAUAGUCUUAAAAAUAAUGACUUGAACUAA